AUGUCUGUCGGAAUCUACAGCCUCCCCAAGCUGCCCUAUGCGUACGAUGCAUUGGAGCCUAGCAUCUCCGCGCAAAUCAUGGAGCUCCACCACAGCAAGCACCACCAGACAUACGUGACAAACCUCAACAACGCGCUCAAGACAUACGCAACUGCCACCUCAUCCAACGAUAUUGCCGGGCAGAUUGCUCUCCAGAACGCAAUCAAGUUCAAUGGCGGCGGCCAUAUUAACCACUCGCUGUUUUGGGAGAACUUGGCUCCCGCUACUUCUGCUGAGGCUAAUCCUAAGAGUGCGGCAACCUUGAUGGCUGCUAUUAGCAAGACGUGGGGCAGCUUUGACGAGUUCAAGGCUGCGUUUACGAAGGCGCUUUUGGGACUGCAGGGCAGUGGAUGGGGGUGGUUGGUCAAGGACGGUGGCAGCUUGAGGAUUGUGACGACCAAGGAUCAGGAUCCGGUUGUGGGAGGGGAGGUGCCCAUUUUUGGGGUGGACAUGUGGGAGCAUGCUUAUUACUUGCAGUAUUUGAAUGGUAAGGCGGCGUAUGUUGACAACAUCUGGAAGGUCAUCAACUGGAAGACGGCUGAGUCUCGCUUCCAGGGAGGUCGCGACGAUGUAUUCAAGAUUCUCAAGGCUUCCAUCUAA